AUCUGUGUGUGUGUGUCUCUGUGUGUGUGUGUCUGUGUGUGUAGUGUGUGUGUCUCUCUGUGUGUGUGUGUGUCUGUAGUGUGUGUGUGUGUGUGUGUGUGUGUGUGUCUCGCGCUUCGCGUCGCUCAUUGGUGGAGAAUCUCUCGUGCAGUAGCGGCAGUCUCGCGCGCGCUCAGCACAACGCGCCGCUGCGAUCACAGAGGGAGGCCGGCGGUAAUCAGUCUCACGCGCUGCUCCUUUCUGUCACCCGUCUGUGAUUUUUUCCGGUGUUCGGUGCGGAUGGAUGCGGCGGUGCUGCAGCCGCAGGACGCGCGCGCGGAGGUGCAGAUGCUCCAAGAGCUCGUGCGGAAACUCGAGCGACAGAACGAGCAGCUACGGACGCGCGUGAAUAUCGCGCCGCUCGCGAGUUCCUGCUGCAUCCCGAGUCCAGCACCGAGUCUCGCGUGUCAGUAUGAGCCGUUCCGGUAUUUCCAGCCUUCAGUCACCGAUGAUGAAGAUGAUGAAGAGGCGUGUGAGCCGCGCGCGCUGCUGGAUGAGCUGGAGAUUCUGGACCUGGAAAAGAUCUUCCCGAACAUCAGCGAGUCUGAGGAGACCUGGCUCUAUGUGUCUCGCCGGUCUUGCAUGUGGUCCGGUGCGGGUCAGUCUGCUCUUCAGUGGUGUCGACAGGUUCUGGAUCAGCAGCGUUCAGACAGACACGCACUCGGUGUGUGGAGUCUGUGCUCCGAAGACAGUGAUCUGGAUGAGAAUUCUGGGAUUCUGGGUUUUAAACUGGAGGAUCUCACAGAUGUUCAGGUGAUGGCGCGACUGCAGGAGGAGAGUUUACGUCAGGAUUUUGCCACAACCUCCUCUUCCUCAUCUGUUAAUAACCGACACAGCAGCAGUUUUUCCUUUCAGUUCAGCCAGUGGAGCGAGUCACACCUGGAUGAGGAGGAUGAUGAUGAUGAUGAAGAUUACGGUCAGUUGCCACCACCACAGCCGCGUCUGAGUCGUGCUGGAGCCGUUCAACGCGGUUUACUGCACUCGCACACGUUCAGCAGCAUCAGAGACUGGACACGUGGCUCCUCAUCACCCUCCACCCCCACCGCACCCAUCACACCACAAACCACCCCAACCACCCCAGUGUACUCGCACGAGCAGACCGGCCUCAGGAGCAGCUCAGAUAAGUUGAGGAGGAGUAUGCCCAACCUGCUGCGAGCUGCGAGCGUGACCAGUGUUCCGAUCCCGGCCAGUCAGAUGACUUCAUCUCCGUCCAUCCGCAACAGUCAAAGCUUUGAUUCAUCCAGCACACUGACGAGACUGCAGACCGCUAUUCCGUCUCCUGCACAGCUGCAGAAUCGUGUUCAGAGUGUUGGAAACUUCUCGUCACGUCCGACUCUGAAAGCCACCGCAUACGUCAGCCCGACCAUCAAGGGUUCAUCACUCAUGACAUCAUCAGCCAGUUUACAGUCUCUGUCCAGCAGUAAGAUGAGCGGAUCACAGAUACCAGCACGCAGUGGACUGCCACGACCUGCAUCCUUCAUAGCGACCGGCUCCAACCGCAGCAAACUCAACACACCUGUGCGCAGUUUGCUGACGCCACCAAAGAGUCUGGCGACGCUGAGUGCGCUGCGUGAUGGAAGCUGGCGUGACGGCUGUUACUAGCAGCGGUGAGAUGUGGGUCAGUCAGGGUUUAACUGGAAUAAUGAAGCGGCUGGUAAACUGGAUGGGUGUCGAGCUCCCUGCUGGUCAGGGUUGUUCACUAUCACCAAGUGUUCUUGACGAGGGUCACUGACGCUGGUGCUGUGUGUGUGUGAAUUAUAAGAGCUUCCUGUUUAUAUAAGGGCCUUUCAGAGCAGAAAUGAAUUCUGUAUGCAAAAAUAAACACCGCUCUUCUUAUUUGUGUGAAUGAAGCUUUAUCAUAGUUACAACUGAAUCACAGACAUGUGAAAUAAACGCACUGCACCUCAAAGCAUCAUGUAUUGUACAUUUAGAGAAUUGAGCGAUUAGUUGAUUCCCAAAAGAGGAAAUGCAAAAUAUGCUGCUAAACAAAUCGAGCUGAAACAAAAGAACUUGUCAUGGUUUCUACGAUUGUCUAAAUUCGGAAUAUUAUUCUAAUACCGUAUUUUUGUGAUUUCAAAAGGUUUGAACCAAAUUUCAACAUGUUUUUAACAAUGUACAGGUGCAUAACUCUUUCAAUGUGAAUAUGUUUGUAUGAUUAAUAUUCCUUUUUAACUUGAUAAUAAAUGACAAACUCAUUAUGUGAGAUGAAAACACUGAUACUGUUCGUUUGGACCAAUUGCUGCACCAUUUGUAAAGAUGUUUCAAUAAAUGGAUGUUUUGAUUUAUUGUUAUUAAUUUGGUGUUGCACUUUCACUCUUAAAGUUUUUAUUGUUUUGUUGAGUUCGUUCUGCACUGGAAUAAGGAUGAAUUUCAUUGGCCACAGAUGUAGCAUUGUACUUAUUUAAACGUUUCUCAAGUUGUUUUAGUUGUUUGUUUUAUUUUGUAAAAAUGUAUUUCCUAUUAUGUAAAAAACAUUUAAAAGAUAAUUCAUUUUAUUUAUUGCACAUUAUUUCUGUACAUGCGUCACCUUUAUCACUGAUAUUUUAA